AAAACAAACACCUUUAGAUGUACAAAUCCCCUUUCCCACCUGUUGCCUGUCAGACAGUAAUGAGGUAACUCUCUCUUUAUUGACGCACAUAACCGGAAUAUGAAGCAUGGCUGCUGAAGGCGAAAAGAAACCAGUGCUGGAGAUGGUCCAGGCUGAUGGAGGUGAUGAGGGAUGUGUGACAUUUGUGCUACAUAAUGAAGAUCAUACCCUGGGAAACUCCCUCAGAUAUAUGAUCAUGAAGACUGUGGAUGUGGAUUUUUGUGGCUACACCAUCACCCAUCCGUCUGAGAGCAAGAUCAACUUUCGCAUUCAGACACGAGGGGGGGUCCCAGCCACAGAGCCGCUGCGGAGGGGCCUGAGGGAUCUCACUGAAGUUUCUCAACAUGUUCUCAACACAUUUCAGGUUACCAUCAAAUCCAUCACAGACCCCCUAUGGACCCCAUGCAGUUCGCCUACAGAGCCAACAGGUCUGUAGAUGAUGCUGUCAACAUGGCCCUUCACUUCCUCCUCCAGCACCUGGACACAGCAGGAACCUACUCAUCUCUGGUGGGGACGAGUCUGCCUACAGGUGGGAGAUGGACCAUCUGGUGACCUGGUGCAGGGACAACCACCUGGAGCUCAACGCUCUCAAGACUGAAGAUGGUUGUGGACUUUAGAAAGAACGCAGCCCCAUCACUCUGUGUGACUCCCCAGUAACUGCUGUGGAGUCUUUCCGCUUCCUGGGCACCAUCAUCGCCCAGGACCUCAAAUGGGAGCAGAACAUCUGCUCCCUCAUCAAAAAAGCCCAGCAGAGGAAGUUCUUCCUGAGGCAGCUGAAGAAAUGCAACCUACCCAAGAAGAAGAUGGUGAACUUCUACACCUCCAUCAUCGAGUCCAUCCUCACCUCCUCCAUCACCAUCUGGUACACUGCAGCCACAGCCAAGGAUAAGGGCCUGCAAUCUGACAUCCUUCCACGACCUGCACGCCUCCAGAACCCUGAGGCGGGCAGGGAAGAUAGUGGCCGACCCCUCCCACCCUGGACACAAACUGUUCACCCCCCUCCCCUCUGGCAAGAGGCUGCGCUCCAUCAGGACCAAAACCUCUCGCCACCAGAACAGUUUUUUCCCCUCUGCUACCGGCCUCAUCAACAUCAGGCCCCCCACUGACACUUGACCUCAGCCACAUCAUAGACUCUAGGCUUGUUUGAGACAAGCGAGACCUGCGCAGUUGCGAUCAACGUCUUGCUAGUGCGUUGCAUGAUGGUUAGUCAUUUUGUCCGACUUGCUCU